GAGAGAGAGAGAGGGGAGAGGGAGAGGUAGAGGAGGGGAGCACAUUUAGUUGAGUCAGUCGGUGUGUGGAGGCAGAUGAGAAGAGCACACCGGAGGUACCGUUGUACUGUAGAGGAUCUGUCAGAGCUGUGGGAUCUAGCAGAGCUGUGGGAUCUAGCAGAGCUGUGGGAUCUGUCAGAGCUGUGGGAUCUAGCAGAGCUGUGGGAUCUGUCAGAGCUGUGGGAUCUAGCAGAACUGUGGGAUCUGUCAGAGCUGGGAUCUAGCAGAGCUGUGGGAUCUGUCAGAGCUGGGAUCUAGCAGAGCUGUGGGAUCUAGCAGAGCUGUGGAAUCUAGCAGAACUGUGGGAUCUGUCAGAGCUGUGGGAUCUAGCAGAACUGUGGGAUCUGUCAGAGCUGGGAUCUAGCAGAGCUGUGGGAUCUAGCAGAACUGUGGGAUCUAGCAGAGCUGUGGGAUCUAGCAGAACUGUGGGAUCUGUCAGAGCUGGGAUCUAGCAGAGCUGUGGGAUCUAGCAGAACUGUGGGAUCUAGCAGAGCUGUGGGAUCUAGCAGAACUGUGGGAUCUAGCAGAACUGUGGGAUCUGUCAGAGCUGGGAUCUAGCAGAGCUGUGGGAUCUAGCAGAACUGUGGGAUCUAGCAGAGCUGUGGGAUCUAGCAGAACUGUCAGAUCUAGUACAGCAGCAGGAUCUAGAGGAUCUAGCUGUAGGGUCUAUCAGAACUGUAGGGUCUAGCAGCGUUGUGGCAUGAAGUAGAACUGUGGGGUCCAGUAGAAGAUCUAGCAGAGCUGGGACUGGGACCUGGUCUGGGAGAUACGGUGGUGUGGCCGUUUGUUGCUUUGACUGCAGCUGGAGAGAAGAAGAGAAAGAAACGGGAAGGUCACGUGACACAUGCUGACACUGCUGUGGAACUCCUUCAUCUUUCACUCCAUCUCUCUCACACACACACACACACUGCCAAGAUGGGGACGGUGAGUGAGCUGUGUGCCUCCAGUUUCCAGGCGUUCCUCUGUCCAUCAGUGAGACCAGCAGGCACCACAGCAGAGGACCUGAACCCUGAGGAGAAACAGGAGCUGGAGAACAUCAGACGCAGGAAACACCAGCUGCUGCAGGACAUCCAGCGCCUGAAGGAUGAGAUAGCGGAGGUGACCAGUGAGAUUGAAAACCUGGGCUCAUCCGAAGAGAGGAAGAGCAUGCAGAGGAACAAGCAGGUGGCCAUGGGCCGGAAGAAGUUCAAUAUGGACCCCAAGAAGGGGAUACGGUUUUUGAUUGACAGCUCCCUGCUGAAGAACACCAGCGAUGACAUUGCCCAGUUCCUGUACAAGGGGGAGGGGCUUAACAAGACUGCCAUUGGAGACUACCUGGGGGAGAGAGAUGACUUCAAUAUCCAGGUGCUCCAUGCCUUUGGGGAGUUGCAUGAAUUCACAGACCUCAACCUGGUGCAGGCCCUCAGGCAGUUCCUGUGGAGUUUCCGUUUGCCUGGAGAAGCUCAGAAGAUUGACCGCAUGAUGGAGGCCUUCGCCCAGCGCUACUGCCACUGCAACACUGGGGUGUUCCAGAGCACCGAUACCUGCUAUGUGUUGUCGUUUGCUGUGAUCAUGCUGAACACCAGCCUCCACAACCCCAACGUCAAGGACAAGCCCUCCGUCCAGAGGUUCACAGCCAUGAACAGAGGCAUCAACGAUGGAGGAGAUCUUCCUGAAGACCUGCUCAGGAACCUGUAUGAGAGCAUCAAGAACGAGCCCUUCAAGAUCCCCGAGGACGAUGGGAAUGACCUCACACACACCUUCUUCAACCCUGACAGAGAGGGCUGGCUCCUCAAACUAGGAGGCGGACGUGUGAAAACCUGGAAGAGACGAUGGUUUAUCCUCACAGACAACUGCCUCUACUACUUUGAGUACACCACUGACAAAGAGCCCAGAGGAAUCAUUCCUCUGGAAAAUCUCAGUAUUAGAGACGUGGAAGACUCCAAGAAGCCUAACUGCUUCGAACUCUACAUCCCCGAUCACAAAGACCAGGUGAUCAAAGCGUGCAAGACGGAGGCCGACGGCCGCGUUGUCGAGGGCAACCACACCUUCUACAGGAUCUCUGCCCCCAACGUGGAGGAGAAGGAGGAGUGGAUCAAUAACAUCAAAGCUGCCAUAAGCAAAGACCCCUUCUAUGAGAUGCUGGCUGCCCGGAAGAAGAAGGUCUCUUCCCUGAAGGGGCUGUAGGCGAGGCCCAGGCUUCAGGGCUGAAGCAGAACAAUAGGCCUCACCCACCAACUCGGCCUUCAGAACAUGGACCUGCUGUUUUAGACACCUGUACCACCAGCUCUGGGGGGGGCGGGGGGAAAGAGGAGGGUUACAAACACCAUGAGGGGUUCUGACCUGGAAGUAGUUUGAAGGAAGCUUAAAAGACUGGAUCUUCUAGGACCAUCUCCAUCUUGUUGGUGCAACCGCUACACCUCCUUCAUCUCCUCAGAGGAAGACAUACCUUCUCUACUCUCAGUUGAACACAACAGAAACACAUUUGAACUGGGGGGAGACUUCAGUUUUUCUUCAUUGAUUGUGCUAUGACGUAGACACCAUAUGAUUAUGGAACUAUUUUUACACAGACCCCAUUUUCUAGUGUCCUACUUGUCACUACUAGACUCUUAGAAAGAUUUCCUUAUUAACUCAAUUCCUGUUCUCGUCUGUUUCAACUUAUUUGUUGGUUUAACCCAGUUGUUCUCUCCAUACAUGUAUUAUCACAGAUGCACAUUUAUAGACAUUUUGAAGGAAACUAAAUGUAAAGAAAGGAAGCAAGGAAGGAAGGUCAGGGGGUGUCGAGAGUUAAGUAGUAAGUAUUUUGAAACCAGUGACAUUAUUUCACUGAAAGCGUAUACAGUCACAAUGUGACCUUUCUUUCUGAGAAGAAAAUCAACUGGUAUUGUUCUAGAACUUGUAAGUUACUGUGCUGGAUAAGGAAGAUAACGAGGGACUGGAAGUGGAUAACAAGGUGGUAAUUAUGCUGAGGUCAAUUUCGACAUAGCAACUGUCUUUAACUUUCUCAUAACAUUUUUCACAAUGUUCAGCCCUCCUACACUGUCCACCAUUUUCAGUGACAACUUUGUUUCUAUGUUACAUUUAGUCAUUUGGCAGACGCUCUUAUGUUAUCUUUAAUUUUGAAAUACAUUUUGUGAAUGGUAUGUUAAUGGUUGCCAUAUAUGCCCAUUUGUUAAGUUAUUUUGUUCCGAUGCACUGAUAUCAAGAAUUCAGGUCAAACUUGUUGCUUAAAUGGAAUUUAUCAAGACUGCAUAUAAUUUAUUUUAAACUUGUUUUAUUUUAUCUUGCAAGUCCACAAAGUAUUGGAAAGAGUGCCAUGUUUAUUUGUUUAUUUCAUAUUAUUAAAUAUACACGUCAGCUUGC